ACCGUCCGAUUGAACUACUUAUCCGUUCUUUAAUUUUUCUUUGUCAAGUUUUUUCCCUGUCCAAAUGCUGCUUUCUUCCUUUGCUUCCGUAUGGAGGAGACAAUGGGGUGGGUAAGGGUAACCAUACUCCUCGCCUCCCAAAAACCCACUCACCCACUCCCUUCAUGUGAAGUACGAUAAAAAUUAAUUUGCUGUUGGGAUUUGGUGUACGACAACUGUACGAGGCCGAUUACCUGUCGUUACAUACGACGCCUUGCGCCAAGUUCCAUCAAUCUUUAUCUUCUGCGCUUCUUCCGAUCGAACGGUAAUGGAAGGCAUUUCAAAGAAACUUGAUAGAUAAAUACUUCGCCCCCUCUCACUGUUGUAUGAUGCUUUGCCGACAAAUUUGUCGGAAAAAGAUACGAUCUUCUUCCGACCGGCGGUGGUUCUGCUCUCUUACCAGUGUUUCACCGUCCCCGGUAGCUUCUGGUGGGCGGAAAGCAUGGACGAUCGUUCCAGCUGCCGUAUGUUACUCUCCAGCCCACUCCGCUCGAUGUUCCGCGACGUCGUUUAGCUCCUUCAGUAGGCUUGCGACUUUGAAAGUUACAUUUGGCCUGAAAGGCUGUUGCUUUUCAACUCAAGCUCAGGUUGUUGACCCAGAGGGUGGAAUACUGGAUGUACCUUUAGCACAAACUGGUGAAGGGAUCGCUGAAUGCGAGCUUAUAAGAUGGUUUGUUAAGGAGGGAGACCAAGUUGAAGAAUUUCAGCCACUUUGUGAAGUUCAGAGUGACAAGGCUACCAUAGAAAUAACAAGUCGUUACAAGGGAACAAUUUCUCGCAUUCUUCAUGUUCCCGGGAACAUCGUGAAGGUGGGAGAGACUCUGUUGAAAAUUGCUGCGGAUAGAAUUUCAGCUCCUACUCAGGCUGUAGACAUUUGUGAAAAUGUUAAAGAAAUUAAUAGUGUGUCAAGUAGCAUAGAUGAUCAUAGUUCUGCUGCUAUAAAUUCGAGGAUUGGUGGAGUGUUAUCCACUCCUGCUGUCCGUAUUCUUGCAAAGCAGUAUGGUGUAGAUAUAAAUGUUGUCCCUGGAACUGGAAAGGAUGGACGGAUACUUAAAGAGGAUGUCUUAAACUAUGCAGCGGUCCACAGAGGAACCUUAGUUAAUUCACAAGCACUCCCAAAUCCUGCAGACCAAUUACACAGUGUGGACAUCACAUACCCUGACAUUUCAGCUUCUCAUGGGUUGGGUUAUGAAGACACAACAAUUCCCCUAAGGGGAUUUCAACGUGCUAUGGUUAAAUCAAUGACCCUGGCUGCAAAAAUUCCUCAUUUUCAUUAUAUUGAAGAGAUAAAUUGUGAUGCACUUGUAGAGCUCAAAAGAUCAUUCCAGAAGGCAAACUCUGAUCCAGAAGUCAAACACACUUUUCUUCCUUUCUUAUUGAAGUCUCUUUCAAUGGCUUUUACUAAAUAUCCCAUGCUAAAUAGUUGCUUCAAAGAGGAGCUUUAUGAAGUCACUGUAAAAGGAUCUCACAACAUUGGGAUUGCAAUGGCAACUCCACAUGGCUUAGUUGUUCCAAACAUAAAGAAGGUGCAGUCAUUAUCAAUCUUGGAGAUAACCAAGGAACUUUCAAGAUUGCAAAAGUUGGCAAUGGCCAACAAGCUUGACCCCGAGGAUGUAUCUGGUGGGACUUCUACUCUAAGCAACAUUGGAGCAAUUGGUGGAAAGUAUGGUUCCCCUCUAAUCAAUGCACCUGAAGUUGCCAUCAUUGCCAUAGGCCGGAUUCAAAAAAUCCCCCAUUUUGCUGAAGAUGGAAAUGUGUAUCCAGCUUCAGUUUUGACAGUAAACGUAGGAGCUGAUCAUAGAGUACUUGAUGGAGCUACUGUUGCAAAGUUCUGCAAUGAGUGGAAACAAUUUAUUGAGCAACCGGAUCUUAUGAUGUUGCAUAUGAGAUGAGUUUUCCAUUUGUUUGUUUGUCUUUGAAUAAGGGAAUGAACAGCAUUUACUUGUGAUGAUACUCAAUUGAUUGUCAUCCUCUUCUUCCAUCUAUGUUGACCAAAAAUAAGAAAAGUAACAGUUCCUUCAAAGUCGAUAACACUAUACUAGUAAUAUCUUAUUCGGCA